AUGAGCGGUUCUAGCGACAACAGAUGGCGGGGUGGACCCAGUCGCCAGGCGUCGCAGCGCAACUCGAACAACCGUGAUAAAACAGGAGGACAGGGAAAUGCAGGCGAUAACAGUGCUGCUUGGGGCGCAUCGAACCCUCCGCAGGAACAGCAUGUCCCUGUACGGGGCUUCAACACCGCAGAGGUUAAGAACGUUCUGAAAGCAGGGCCUUAUGAAACCAAGUUGUCCACACCCUACAAAUCUCAUUUUAAAGACGGUCCUACCCAACGAUCUACUUCCUGGGGUCCCAAGGCGCAAAACAUGGCGAACGGGAAAGACUUCUUCCUGGAGCUUCGAAAACAGAUUGCUUCGCUGCAACGAAGCGGCCCUCCUGUUGGCGGCUGA